AUGGCUGAGGUCAUCGGCGUCGUCGCUUCCGUCGCCCAACUGGUGCACCUGAGCGGCACCCUCCUAGCCGGCGGAUAUGGCUUCCUUGCGAAAGUGACUCGAGCGCCCACGGAAAUUAGAAGUCUGCUCACUGAGACUGCCGCAAUCAACAGCCUUCUUGGGCAACUCCAAGAUGUUACCGGAUCAACCUCGAAGGCCGCUCCCGACGAUGCGCUCCAAGCGCUGCAGCGUACGGGUGUGUUUGAAGAAUGCACCGAGACAUUGAGAACUGUUGAAAAAGCCUUAGCCAAGUGUGAGCAGCUCCAUGGUCAAGAUGCACGAAAUUUCGGGAGAAGGCUAGUCUGGCCGUUCAAGGAGAAGGAAACGAAGGAUGCACUGCAACGCUUGUAUCGUCUGCGAGGGUUGUUAGCUGAUGCAUUGGAAGUCAACUCAGCUAGGGCUUUGAAGCGUAUCGAGACAGGGCAGGAAUCAUUGAACGAGAAGGUGGAUGACCUUGCAGCUAAAGCGAACUCACAAAUGAGCGCUGCAGAAGCCGAAAAGAUUAUAUCUUGGGUCUGUCCAUUGCCAUCUGAUGGUGCAUACGCUAGCCUGGACAACGCUUUGAGUCGACGACUUCCUGGCACGGGCACAUGGUUCAUCGAAUCGGACUUCUUCAGAGAGUGGAUGUCGUCAGCAACGCCUUCAACCAUUUGGAUAACCGGUCUUCCUGGUUCCGGUAAAACCAUUCUCUGUUCUUCCAUAAUCGAAUAUGUACGAGACGCUGUACCGCCGGUAAUCCCAGUCUUGUUUUUCUUCUGCGAUCAUCGCGACUCGCAGAAGCAAACCCUCGAUAACUUCCUCAUGAGUGUUCUCAGGCAGCUUCUUGGGCACUCCACUGCCGCCCUAGAGCACGUCAAGGAUAUGUACAAGAAGAAAGACUUCAACAGACCAUUUAGCCCAGCUGAACACAUGCCUCUACUAGAAGAGCUACUAGCUUUAACCAAGGAGUCUAUCCUUAUUGUAGAUGGACUCGAUGAGUCGGCAGAGGGUGAAGCGAUUGCAAAUAUCCUGACAACUGUCAUCGGCCGUGCCGAAAGUCGUGGGGACCAUUUGCGGCUACUGUUUUCGAGUCGAUUUGAUGUUAACAUCGAGAAGCGACAUAAGCGGAUAUCAUCUAGAAGACUCGCGCUUGCGGACAACACGCGGCCUGAUAUCGAGCAUUACAUCCAAGCUCAGCUCGCGGAUCGAUUGGAGCGGGGGAUCAUCAAAAUACGAGAUAGAGCUUUAUUGCCUGACAUAGAGCAGCGUAUCGGUUCGAGAGCUGGAACGUAA